AUGAUUGUAAAGUCAAAGUCGGGAAAGAGGAAGAUCGAGACAACCUUUCUUGGCGAAAUUACAGCACCGAAAUUGUAAUGUCUCUUGUAUUGAUAAUACGUCCAAAAAAAAUUUUAGGAGGCAAUUUGAUCCUUGUAGUUCGCCACAGACAUCAGUUCAGAUCUCAGAGAAUACUUUCAAAUGCUCGGCACAUAAUAUUCCGUCCGCCAAUAUUGUUUACAAAGCGCGACAAACGAAGGUAAGUCGUCUGCUACAAUAUUUUUAAUAAAUUGAGUAUAGGUCGAAGAAUAUGAAGUAGCAGCAGCAACGGAUCGGCCAAUCGUCGAAGCCGUUUUGGAGAGGUUGAAGAUUCAGGCAUCUACUAAUGGAAAAACGCAGAUUGAACCGCCAAAAGUUCAGAAAGUCUUGAGUGUGAGGUUGAGAAGUGUAAGUCGAAUUCUUUUUUCUUUUUAUUUUGACUUUAGAACGACAAGAACAUAAACCUGAUCCAGGUGCAAAAUGUGGAAAGGAAGAUUGCCGAAGGAGCGACUGUAAAAGCGAUGAAUAAUGAUUUAGUUGCUUGGACUAAUCAUGUUUUUGAGAACAUUAUUUUGUUAGCUGCAAAUGAGUGGGUUUACUUUAUAGAUUAAGAUAUUUAGCAUCUUCUAUGGUUUUUACUUUUUGAUAUUGUAGGAUUUACACAGCGAUUGUAACUUCCUGCCAAUCUCUUCAAGUUUUCCACACGUCAACUGGAAUGAAACUGCUCGAUUGGUUGAUAGAUAAACCCGUUUCUUUAGUCACACUCAACUGCGACUUUCUACUGCUCAUUACUAGUGAUCUCAAUGUGAUUGUAAUGUAGGUUAUAAGUGUUCUCUUUUCAGUUUACCCUUUUUAGAAACUUGGAUAUCCAGACGAUCCACGCAAAGCUUAGUUUCCAAAGUCUACUGAACAACAAAGGGGUUAGUAUUUCUGCAGCUGCGUUGACAGACAACGGAGUGCCUCUGGUUGUAUUGAACAAUGGUGAAUCUCUUUACUUUGACCUUAAGAUUAACGUCUGGUAAGUAGUCUAUUUUGUGAUUUUUCAUCUUGUUUAGGGUUCAAAUCGAGACUGCGAGUAAUUCAUUGGCUUCAAUUGAUUCAUAUCUGGAUGUCAUAAAGAAGAGCGUACCCUACGGUGUUAUCAGUCGGUUAUUUUCUUUGUCCAAACCUUACAAAAAGUUUGAUAUCUCCUAUCAGAGUGCGAAGACAAUUGACGAAGAGAAUGCCUUGGAGGUUUUGAUCAAUGCUUUGAUUGCGCUUGACAGUCCGGAAGAGCUGAGGUUGAUCAUUAUCGUUUUUGUCCAAAGACUUCUCGUGAAUGGCAAGUGUAAUAUAAUUUUUGGUAUAUUUAUUACUGUUCGUGUUUUAGGCCGCCACCACAAGCUGAAUCUUGUUGUUCACCGAUUGGAGAGCACGUUAACAGCUCGAAGUAUUGAUUUCAGCCCGAUAAAAGAGGAUAUUCAGAGGAUUUGUAAAGAGUUUAGUGUUACUCUCGAGGAGAUUGAACGACGAAGUGCAACUCCUCUUAUCAGUGAUGACAUUUUGAGUGACGAUGAACUGCUUUAA